AUGACCGUGACGCUCGAGGAUGUCUCGUUGAUCACCGUUUUUGCUAUCGACGGGAUGCCUCUCUGUAUGAGCACCGAUUCUGAUGGGUGGCACGAGCAGAUGAUUGCUCUUAUCGGUAAGGCUCCUACCGAGGCUGAGGCUGAUGUAGAGGAGGGAGAAGAGCCGAAGAAGAAGGAAAGGAAAGCAGCCGGAGCUGCUUUCACGUGGAUUCAAGCAAACUUUGCGCAUUGCCCUGCGGAUGCCACUGAUGAUCUGGACGAUGCGUGUUGCAGGAUCACAGAUAGGGUAGGCAUUGGUGGUAAUAUGCUUCUACUUUCUGUAUGGAGCUGGGAGCGUCUGCCUGUUGGAUGCCUGAAGAGCGUCAGGUUUAAUCCUUGGUAUGAAGAUGAAGAUGACGACUUACGGCGCCCCACUUGGGCUUACAAGUGGGAUGUGGUUUCCGAGAUGACGAACGAUGUCAAUCUCAUGUACAAAAAGUACAUUGCCGAGUUGGACACGAUUACGCCUGAGCAGGUGGAAUGGCAGCCAUAUGGCGCCGAUGACAGACUUGGGUACACCCCGGAGUUUUCCAUCAACCCGAUGUGCUUGCGGGAUAGGGAUCUCUGGCUUAUGCGGUGCCCACUGAUAUGCAACUGGGCUGUUGAGUUUCAUUUGCCACAUUGCGUGUUUCGUCAGUUUGGUCUGUUCCAGCCUCACCCGCCGGAAUGGGUGGAUACGGACAAAGCACUUCAUAGGUUGGACAGGAGAAGGCAGCGGAAGAUAAAGGACUGGGACAAGCAUCAUGCUUCGUAUGUUACCCGCUUUCAGCUUUGCAUGGAGCAAGCUCGUAGUAGUGCACGCGCCCAGCUUCGUGAGCAUAACCCACUUGCUUUUGAUAACUACAUACGAUGGCUUCUUGAAAAUACUUGA